AUGCAGCCAACGUCAAGGCGCUUCUUUCAAUCGCUGCGAUCGCUCCAUCAUGAGAAUCCUUUGGGUCUGCCCCGGUCUGGCACCCCACCGACCUGGGCAAAACGACCACAGAGGCGCAAGAUCGCCGGCGUCGAAAAGGUCAUAGCCGUCUCGUCGGCCAAAGGCGGCGUUGGAAAGAGCACCGUCGCAGAUAAUCAGCUCGUGCCACUGACGAAUUAUGGGGUCAAGACCAUGUCCAUGGGCUACUUGCAAGUCAUUUUGGACGGUUCGUUAAUCGUCACGACGCCACAUACCCUCGCAACAAAGGAUGCCGUCAAGGGCAUCAACAUGUUCAAAACUGUGGACGUCAAUAUCCUCGGCCUCGUACAGAACAUGUCGCUCUUCAAAUGUCCCCACUGUCAUGGGGUGACAAAUGUGUUUGGUACCAACGAAAGAGUCAAGCGUCUGUGCGCCGAGCACGAGAUAGAUUUCCUUGGAGACAUACCUCUGCAUCCAAACAUCGGCGAUGACGGCGAGCGAGGGAAACCGACUGUUGUGUCCGAACCGGACAGCGACAGGGCAACGGCAUUCAUGGACAUUGCGAGGGCAAUAUGCCCCAAGGUGGGCCUUCAGCAUGGCUAA